AUGAAGCCCUCCAGCUAUUUCAUCGCCAUUCUGGCAGCGGCGGCGCCGGUCGCAGCCCAAGUGCCCCCCCCGGAGCUCACGACUCGCUUCGCCACAUCGCCCAUCUCAUUCUCUACACCGGUGCAAACUGGAUGUCCGACAGUAACUGAUACUCUUGAGGUGUGCGCCACUUGCGCGGUGCUCCAGUGUAUCGUCAUCUCGACCCUGGUCCAAGUUUGCGGGUGCCCGACGCCGGUCUCGACGGCCUGGGUAGACUUUCCAUGCGACGGCACCUGCGGCCAGAUCGGAUGCAGCACCAGCUACACCGUCAUUCCCGGAGAGGUUCCGUGCACCGGUGUUCCAAGCAGCAGUCGAGUGCCGCCAGGGUCGUCGACCAUUGAGAAGACUACUGCCUCGGUGACUGUGUCGACGAUUGUAACACAAACUGCUACGGUAGCAACGACGGAGAGUGUGCCAGAUGAUGAAUCAUCUACUGAUUCGCCAAGUGAAUCACCGACCGGAUCGUCGACUGGAUCGUCGGCCGGGGCGGGAACGGUAACAACGUCGGCGGCUGCACCUACGGCAACACCGAAUGCUGCUGGGAGAUUGGCGGUGCCUUUCAAGUUUUGGUAG